UCUAUGUAGUGUUUUUUUUACAUUGACGUCUCGUGUGCCAAUUGUACAAUAAAUUGAUGUUUCAAGUUAAUUAAUUGGAAAAAGUCGCUGAUUAUAAAAGAAGAUGACGCUUUACCAUUUUGGAAACUGUGUUGCGCUGCUGAUGCCAUAUUACUUCACAUACAAAUACUCGGGCCUAUCUGAAUAUGGUGCAUUCUGGAAGUGUGUGCAAGCGGGUUGCAUUUACAUAUUUACACAGCUCUGUAAAAUGCUCGUUUUAGCCACAUUCUUCUAUUCGGACACCUCCUCCAACAGCGGAGAAUUUAACUUCUUUACGGAGAUUCUACGUUGUAGUGUAGAUGUGGCCGAUCUGCUUGGAUUCGCCCUGAUUCUAAGCCGCAUACCUGGCAAGGGUCAUUCAAAACUAAUCACAGCUGGACUUGGCUGGGCCACCGCCGAGGUAAUCCUCUCACGUGGCAUUAUGCUGUGGGUGGGCGCCCGUGGCACUGAAUUUAGCUGGAUCUACAUACAAAAAUGUCUGGAGUCAAACGUUCUGCUUGUCCAGCACCUGACCACUGCGACGCUCAUUUGGCUGUUCACGCGACAUGAUCUAAAUAAGGCGCUGAAACCACUUGUUUCUAUAUUGCUGGCAGUCACCGUCUUCAAGGGCGUCUGGUUGGAGGGUAUGCUGCAUAUCCUCAGCAUUGGCGCUUGGUCAGCGAUUGCGAUUAAGGCACUAGUUGCUGCAGUCAUCGGCUUCUGCUCUCUACACAUUUAUGCUGGCCUUGCCCAACAGAUUGGCAUUUAAUUUGAACAUAUUUUUAUUUCAUAAAUAUUUCGGUUGUCGUGGGAUUAAGUACAGUUGUUUAAAACAAAUGAUAACAAUGAACAGUGUAGAGAAUUACAAAAGAUGUUAAUGAAUUAUAGUUUAUGAUAAUAACGAUAGCAAAGUACGAGUUUUUAUACAAAAUAUAAAAAGAGGAAAACAAAA